CCCUUUAAGAUGAUUUCGGAAAUAAUAAUGUAUUAUUUAAUUACUUAACACUUUCUUUCAUGUCGGCGGACAAUACACUUAGGUCGCGCAACAACAUUAGAAAUCAGGGACCAUAGAAGUCGAGCAUGACAAUAUAGCCCAAAAAUUGCUUAAUUAGGUGUCUAUGUUGAAACGGCGUUUUCUUCUCUGACAUGACUUUAGUUUCCAGUGCUUCAUACAAUACUACCCUGGGACAGUAGCCUAUGUCACAGGAGGAUGGAAUAAUCGACAGCCGACAGAGAGAAGACGCAUAGGAAGAGUAAAGGGAAUGCGGUGAAAACCCAACUCAAUUCGGAACACUGUUCCCUUUAUCCCCUGCAAUGUUUUGGCUUUACCAAAACGGACGUUUGAAAGUGACAGUGGGCAAUCGUUAACCUACCGGAUGUAUUAUAAUAUCUGACGACUAUAAUAAUACUGGAAAGGGAUAUUUCCCAUAUUUCCCACUCACCCAGGAUUGACCACAACCUCUCUGACCCUCAGUCAUGACAUCACCUGAGUCCCCCCUCCCCUCCCCUUCCCCCUGUCCACCUCCCCCCCUCCCCUCUUCUCCCACUCCCUCGUCUCCCGCUCCUUCCUCCCUCCCGCUUCCCCCCUCCCUGCCUCCCACGGGGGAGGUGAUGGUCCUGGCCCUAGGGAGGAAGAAACAGAGGAUGCUCAUCUGUCUCUCCCUCUUGCCCAAUCUCUUCCUGGCCUUCCUUCUCUCCUCGGAUCCCCUGCUCACCCUCGCCUCGCCCCACCACUGCCGCCUCCCGGGACCUUCGCCUGCUCCGCAGGUCCUCAACGCCUCUCUGCCCUGGGAGAAAGGGGGCAGAGUGGGGGACAGCGGAGGGCUGUCUCAGUGCAAGCAGUAUAUCAACGGUACCCAGUCCAGGGUGGAGAACUGCGAUGCUGGCUGGGACUACAAUGUCACAGAAGGAUUGAGAAUUAACAUUGUUACUGAGGUACCUCAAGGAACUUUGUCGGUCUCAUUGUUUUCUUGAUUAGUUUGUAUAUCCCGGUCUCAGAAUCCAAAUUACAUAAUGGAUUACUGAGUAGAUUCUGAUAAGAAGUGAAGCACUGCUACCCUUACACGGUAAAAAAUGCCUU